UUGGGUUUAACGGCUAUGCAUACGAUAUUCCUGCGAGAACACAAUCGUAUAGCAGCAAUAAUGGAAGGUUACAAUCCGGGUGUGGACAGUGAGACAAUCUUCCAAGAGACACGAAAGAUUGUCGGUGCGCAGAUGCAGCAUAUCACCUUCUAUCACUGGUUACCCAAAGUACUUGGUCAGGACAACUUCAAGCGUCUGAUAGGACCGUAUCGUGGCUAUUACCCUGAGAUUGAUGCAAGCAUUUCGAAUGAAUUCGCUACGGCUGCAUUCCGUUUUGGACACACGCUCAUCAAUCCUGUUCUUUAUAGAUUAAACGCUGAUUUCAAACCGAUACGUGAGGGUCAUGUUUCGCUGCGUGAUGCCUUCUUUGCGCCUGAAACCUUCUUGGCCGCCGGUGGAAUCGAUCCUCUUCUACGAGGUCUUUUCGCAUCACCAAUGAAGAAACCUUUAUCCGAAGAAUUGCUCAACAAAGAACUCACUGAACAAUUGUUCCAUCGUGCAUAUAAUCUUGCUCUCGAUUUGGCAUCGUUGAAUAUUCAACGAGGUCGUGAUCAUGGUUUACCUGGAUAUGCUGCAUUCCGCAAAUGGUGUAACUUGAGCGCUAUUGAGAACUGGAAUGAUCUGGACGGUAUAAUACCUGUCAGGACGAUUGCUAAACUCAAACAGCUGUAUGGCCAUCCAGGUAAUAUUGACUUAUAUGCUGGUGGUGUGUCUGAGAAACGGUUAGGUGAUGCGUUGAUUGGUCCGACGUUUUCGUGUAUUAUUGCUGAACAAUUCAAUCGAGUGCGAGCUGGUGAUCGAUUUUGGUAUGAACGAGAAGGAGUGUUCACUGACGAACAACGAAAAGAAAUUCAAAAGACAACGCUCGCAAGAAUUGUUUGCGAUAAUGCUGACUCGAUCCAACAUAUUCAGGAGGAUAUCUUCAAAUAUGUCGGUAAACACAAAACCAGUUACGGUCUUUGCGCAAAACUACCGUUUGUUAACUUGAACGCAUGGCGAUCGUGUUGUGAUCAACAGUGCUCAAUUUCUCAAAAUAGAUAUCGAUUCGGUAAUCGAAGACGACGUACCCAUAGACACGACUGUACCUGGGAGGGAAUAGCUAUUAAAGAAGGUGAACGUUGGCGAAAAGAUUGCUCGGAAUGCGAGUGCGAGGUUAGAAAUUUCUUUUAA